UUUUGUAGUACAGCUAAAAUGUAACAUAGUGCCUAAUGAUUAAAACAUAAUGUUGCAAUUUAGUUUUAGAAUGAAAUAUGGUGUAUUGUACUUAUUGAAUAAUUGCCUUCAUAUGUUUAUAUUGACUUUUGUGGUUAGUAUUGGAAUCAUCUGUGAUGUUGGUUCUGGUGGAGUUGGUCAGUGCUGAUUAUGUCUGUGUUGAAGUUAAGUUUGUUGCGAUUAGGAGAAGCAGUUGUUAUAGUUAUCCUGCAGUGGUAUGUAUGUUAAAUGGGGUGGGAAUUUAUUACGACCGAGUUAAUGGAAUGUUAUAAUGUCAGUUUCGAUGUCCAGAGGAAAAUUAAGGAAUGUCCAAGAGUGCGCCGAUUGUGGAUCAUCGGAUCCAUCAUGGGCAUCAGUUAAUAGGGGCAUCCUAUUAUGUGAUGAGUGUUGUAGCAUUCACAGAAGUUUGGGUCGUCACAUUUCUCAAGUUAAAUCAUUGAAGAAAGGAUCAUGGAGUCCUACAUUACUUCAUAUGGUACAUACUCUCAACAACAAUGGUGUAAACAGUGUUUGGGAACACUCUCUAUUGGAUCCAGCACAUUCAAAAUCAGGUCGAAGGAAACCUCACUGCAAGGAUCCUCUACACCCAACCAAAGCAGAUUUCAUCCGAGCGAAACAUCAGAUGUUGGCAUUUGUAUUUCGCCCAGGAAAAGAUGACACUUUAUUACUGGAAGAUGACCUCAGUAGGCAACUUCACUCAAGUGUUCGUACAUCGAACUUGGAAACUAGUCUUCGCCUUCUUUCGCAAGGAGCUGACCCAAAUUAUUUUCAUGAGGAAAAGGGAACUACACCUCUGCACGUUGCAGCAAAGGCGGGACAGGUAUCGCAGGCUGAGCUAUUAGUGGUAUAUGGAGCAGAUCCUGGAGCAGAAGACAACCAAGGGAAAACACCAGUAGAAUACGCUAGGUUGUCAGGACACAGAAAUCUAUCAGAUCGUCUUGUUGAAUGUGCAUAUGAAUUAACAGAUCGUUUUGCAUAUUAUUUAUGUUCACGGAAACCAGAUCAUCAGAUUGGCCAGCAUUAUAUUGUUCCUGAGAUGUCAGACAGUUUAGAUCUAACAGAAUUUGCAAAAGAUGCCAAAAAGAAACUGCAACAGUUGCCAAACCACUUGUUUGAGGAGUUAGCAAUGGAUGUAUAUGAUGAAGUGGAUAGAAGAGAGACUGAAUCAAUUUGGUUAUCAACCCUGAAGUCAUCGAGUAUUGUGGCACCGGAACGCUGCACUGUGCCUUUUCUCCCAGUUAACCCCGAGUUUUCAUCAACUCGGAAUCAAGGUCGUCAGAAGCUUGCCCGUUUCAAUGCACGAGAAUUCGCAACUCUCAUAAUAGACAUUCUGUCUGAUGCUAAACGCCGUCAGUCACCUACAGCACCAUCUUUGCUAUUAUCACAAGUUUCAUCAGAAAUUAAAGGACCACAAGUGAAUAAAGUACCAGGAAGUCCAUUAUCAGUCGCUGUUGAUGUGCAUCAGCCAGGAAGAAAAUCUGAAAUUUCUGAUGAUGAACCUCUGUAUGAUAGUGUUGCAUCAGAUGAAGAUUACAUUGCAGCUGAACAGAUGGCAGUUUUGGCCCAACAGGCAGCUAAUAUGAGACUGCAAGACAGCAAGAGUGAAACACCUGAGAGAGUAGAAGAAAAGACUGUACACGAGAAGAAGGAGCCUACACCAGCGUCCAUAGAUAAACAGAGUGGCCCACUAAGGGACAAACAUGAGGAUAGAAAGUUGAACUCUGUACAAAAUGGUGGUAUAACUUCAAUAGAAGAGAAUAUAAAGCGACAACUUGCAGCUUCUGAGAAUGAGAUGGGAGAUUUGAGAAGUGAGAUCCAAAUUCUACAGUCAACUGUUCAGAAUCUGGUGCGUGAGAACAGUGAACUGCGUACCAUCAUCCAGCAUGCUGGAUUGUCUCUUCCUCAUCCAUCAUCCUCAUCAUUAUGUUCUUCCUCAAUUCCAAAUGGCUGUGAAACAGAAACAGAGCCAGUGUUAGAUGUGAAGUCCCCUCGAUCCUCUGUACAGCGACCAGCUUCUAUGUAUGAACCUCGAGAGGGAUUGCUUCUUCGCAGUGGCAGCCAGUCACCUCAUAUUCAUCAUUAUGUCUCAGCCACAGGAAAUAUUGGAAAAUGGGACAAGAAUCAGAAACGGGACCCCAUUGUGAAUGAAUACGACAGUCCAAGUACCCUGGUAAGACCUGUGAUGACACAGAGCUUGUAUCGCUGUUCGAGUCCAAGUCAGGAUGGUUUGACAAGCACGAGCAGUGUACUGCCUCUUGCAGAGGAGGUUGUUAGGCGCACAGAUCAAGUCACCAAAUGCAUCCAGGAGUUGUGGGCCUCCAUGCAGGACCUGGAAGGACGAGACACGUUCAUCCCUUGUGCAGAGAGAAUCAGAGUUGCAGUGGCUGAACUCAGUGCCAUUUUUCCACAGAAUCCAUUGGACGAAACUAUUCGCAGUGCUUUACGCCAGAUGAACAAUAACACACUGCGUUUGCAGUCAGAGUGUGCUGGUUUGCAGAGAUGUGCAGGAAAUGCAACACAGUUUUCUGAACAAGCAUACUUCCUGCAACAGGUCCGUUCAUGUGCUUAUGACAUAGCAAAGGCAACAAAGCAACUUGUAACAAAGUUUCAGUACUAGCAAAAUCAGUAUUUGAAUCUUAUUGGUUUGACCAUUAAUCCAUCUGCUUAUCCUGCCACACAAGCAUUUUUGAUAACCAUUUGUCUUUCAGACUGAAGUUGCAGACUUCUGUUUUAUCAUUUACAGCAGUGGUUCCCCAACCUUUUUUGAUUCACACACCAGUAGAACAGUAGUGAGUUACCAAGGACAGACAUCCUAUUCAUCCAUCUUGCAUUGUAAAAUACCAACAAUACUCCCAACUCUUUUCACCAACACAUUUGAAUACCACUAACUGAUCCAAAAAGAACAAAGGAAAAUGAGUGGUGGUUUUUAAAAUAAAAUGUAUGUGCAAUACUAAAAUGUAAGAAAAUAGAUAAUGAUUGGAUGCAUUGCAUCGCUUUUCUACAAAAUUUGCAGAAUGAUCUAUGAAUUUUUGCCAUUCAAAUAUGGUAGAAAUCCAUUCAAACAUACGUGCCAAUUAUUCAGUUUCCUUGAAUGCGCCAUUGUUCUUCUAUUUUAGCGUCUCAUAUGAUCUGUCAAGGGUUCAGAGAAGUAGUAGGUUGAGUGACCGAAGUCCAGACUGUAGGGAGAUGGGAGAGCACUUUCUUGCCAUUCUUUACGAUUAUGUCUGUUAUCAGAUGCACAGUUUGAGGUUGUGUAAGGGAUGACAACCUUUUUUUCAUUAGACAGGUGCAUGUCUAUCUGAACAUAGUGCUGGGUUGAUGACUUUCUCUGGAGAGGAUGUCAACCAGUACACCCUACGCAAGUCUGUUUAGCUUCCCAGAAGACAGUUUUCAUAACUCUGCUGUCCAUUGGCACUGUUCUGGCCUUCAUUGUUAGAGAUGAUGCUAUUCUAUGCUCUUGGGCUUUGUUUAUGAACUGUAAUUGUUGAACUAGCUUUUCAUUACAUAUCACACAACAGGAAGUUAUCUGCCUUGUCAGCAUGUCAUUGAAGUAACUGUAAUGAUAUAUCCUGCAUGUCUUUCAGUGUUUAUCCAAAAGCAGACAGGUAAAAAAAAGUUCCCAGUAUUCUAAGGUCAGUAUCAUUCCUGCACAGCUUGGCACACUAUACUGAGCUGCGCUGAUCCCCUAACCAUCUCUGUUCAGUCCUCUUUUGAUGAACAUAUCAGAUAUCUGCUUGUUACUUUCAGUAUCAGUGGUUUAUAACUUACUGCAGUGUGACUGAUAAGUGACGUCCAUAUUUUACUCUCCUUCUGACGUUCCUGGUACCCAUACAGGCAUUUCCAUUUUCUUGGUGAAUCUGCCUGUGUAUGUCUAGCUAAGUUGUUCACCUUCACAAGGAAUUCAGUCACUGCACACUGGUAAAGUGAUUUGUCAUUGACCGCCAUUUUUUCACAGUAGAUUGUGGAAACACUACUGGUGCACUUUGUCAAGUCUGUAUUUAUUUUGGAAAGGGUAUAUUUUGCUAUUUGCCAUAUCUCCCUUCUUCUGUUGUAUUGAACACAUACCUGUAUAACUCAACUGUGCAUGUGACUUUGUUAUAUUUAGUUGCUAAAAUGAAACAAAAAAAAAUAGAAAUAUUUGUGAUAAUUAUAAGACAGUAAUUUAUACAUCUAUGGUGAAUUGUGUACAAGUAACUAAACUAAUUUUCCAGCAGUAGAACCCAAACACGAAAGCCUGUCACUGAAAACAGUGUUUCUGAACCAGUUCUGUCUGUCUGUCCUCGCUAGCAUAAAAUCCAUCUUAAUGUUAUCCUUCCACAUCCUUAGUCUUCCAAGUGACUUAUGUAUACUUCACUCCUCAAAACAAUUAAGGGUCAGGAUUUCAAAUGGUUGUAAAUUUUCUUGGGCUUUGUCAAAUAUAUUGAAAUGUGGGUAGUUUAGAAAAUAGACCUUUAUUUAAACAAAAACAGGCCUCGUUUUAACAGCAGACACAACUAAAGUAUAGUUACACUGAAAACAAUGGAAGUUUUAUCCACAUAAAGUUUUUGAGACACAAUUUGAAACCUUUUUUGCGCUCAAUAGGCGGUUGGACCCUCUUCAGCUCGAAGGACAGCUGUGCAGUGUUGAGGCAUGCUCCGAAUGUUGACUUGGGGAAUUUGCACCCAUUCCUCCAAAAGGGCAUCUUCCAGAUCCCGCAGUGUGAUAGGUGCGUUCUGACGGUCUCUGACACUUCUUCUCAUAUGUCCCACACAUGUUCAAUAGGGUUCAUGUCUGGGCUGCAAGCUGGCCUUGGUAAAAUGGCGAUGUUGUGCUCUUGGAGGUACUCCCUGACGAUUCCUGCAACGUGAGGGCAUUGUCAUGUAUUAGGAAAAAAUUUUCUCCAAAUGCCAAUGCAUGAGGACGCACAUGAAGUUCCAGCACUUGUGAAUGUAACGCCGCGCAGUCAUAGAGUCGUUUCUGAUGACGAGGUAGGUUUUGUCGUCAAUCGAAAUACUGACCCACACCAUUAUGGAGCCACCACUAAAACUGACAUUUUCCUGGACUGUGACUGGUAGAAAACACUCUCCUGGCCAUCACCAAACUCGGAUGCGUCCAUUGUUGCCCUGCAGCAUAAAUCUAGACUCGUUAGCUUAAAGGACGUGCCAAUGACGCAAUUGCCAAUGUUGAUGUUCUUGGGCGAACUUUUCGCACUUGUUUAUGCUCCCUCAUCAAUCGGGGCACUAGCGGGAUGCCUGGACCUCAGAUCCACCUCUCAAAGACGGUUUCUCACUGUUUGGUCAGACACUUUUCGACCUGUAGCUCGGGAAAGGUCAUUUUGCAAGGCCCAUGCAGUAUCUCUGCGGUGCCUCAAGGCUUGUAGACGCAGAAAACGAUCAUCCCUAGCAGUUCUUACCCUGUGACGACCCUGUCCUCGACAUCAAAUGACCAUUCCAGUGCCUUGGUAUCGGCGGCAUAGUUGCCAUAUCACGGAUUGAACCACACCGAGUUGUCCGGCAACAUACCGUUGUGUUCGGCCCUCUUGCAGAAGCGUGACAGCCUGUGUUGCUUCUAUUGCUGGCACAUGCCUCCUUACACCUUGCCGAACUUGCACAUUGCGCUGCAUAACAACAGUAUUCCUGUAUCAUCAAUAACAAACAGGCACUGCUCUCCUUCAUUCCUGUUUUCACUACCUUUGCUCUCCCUGAAAUAACCAACUGUAACUGAUCCCACCGUUCACAGUUGCAUUCGUAUCAGCAUUGUUUACAACCCUGCAGAGUGAGCUUAUUUCAGAUUCAGUCCAAGAAACUUUACAACCGUCUGAAAACUUGACCCCUUAAUUGUUUUGAGGAUUGUAUAAUGCAAACUAUAAAUUGUAAGUUAAGCCGUAACCUGGCAACAGUCAACGUACAAAUGGUUGGGAGACCCUGCUUUUAAAGUUCCUUGUAGUUACAAUUUUGAUAGACGUGCUGUUUGUAGAAUUUCCAAGGAUUGUGUUGUGAAUUAUAUUGACCUUCAUCUCAAAAUGGCAGCAAACACACACAAAAGUGCUUUCUUUUUCGUGCUUUGAAAUUAAAAUGUUCAUCAGGUUUUUUCACAAAACUGAUAAGCUUAUGGGUUAAGGAAGGCACAGUACUUCCUAACACAAAGGAAAGGGGUAUAUUAAAAAUAUCACCAGUAAUCAAAAGGAUAAGGACAGUGGUUCAGUAACUUAUUUUUUUUUACUGUCUGUGUUAGUUCAAGACUGACACUUCUACAAACAUAGAAUAAAGUUACUCAUAAGCAGAUGCUUCCAUGGCCAAGUCAGUAUUGUUCUUGUUUGCAUACAAGUGAAAUCUGCAUCAUUUACAAUAGAAACCUCAUUUAAUAUUUAUUGAUAACAGCAUUAUUACAGUUGAAGUCUACUCAUACAAAUUAAUAGUUGUAACUAACUACAUUGUAUAAAGUCUUUUAUAAGAAGAAUAGGUUUUACAGUUUGUCAAAAACUGUAGUGUUUAUUUCAGUGUUCACAACAGCCUGCCGUUGAAUUCUGUCCUGAAGUAGACAAAUCCACCACAUUUCUUCAUAUCCGAUUUCUCUAAUAUGCAUUUUAAUCUGUUUCUUCCAUCUGUGCCUGGGUCCAAAGUGAUCAUUCUUUCAGGUUGUUUUGGUCAUAAUUCUGUAUGCACUUUUCAUUUCCCUUAUGUAUGCUACAUGUCCUGCUUGUAUCAAGUGUGUUGCUUUGAUUGCCCUAAUAAUUGGAGGAGAGGUCAGAUUAUGAAGCUCAUAGUGUUUCCCCAAAUUUUUUGUUAAACCCCCGAAGCCCCAACUCAGCACAGUGUUAAAUUGCCUCCAUUCAUAAUUUUCCUCAGUUUAGAGUUUAUGCAUGUUUCUCCACAGAGAAGUUUUGAGUGUAAAUUCUGCUGUGUCUUAUUUGAUUUAAUGUAAUUUAAUGUCUGAUGUUCACUUCUCUUGUUGGGGUCUUCUUUAGAAGUUAAUUAAAAUCACAUAGAUUAUGCAUCUUUCCAUAUUCGCCAUAAAAUGCUAUAUACAGGAUAUUCAUCUUCAAAAAGAUUCUCCAGGUUGUACUGCAUAUAAGUGUACAAUAGAACAUGUUUAAAAAAGUCUAGGAUGAAAUUGUAUUGUUUGAACUUUAGCAACAGGUCCUGUGAAGAACACUUUUACUUUCUCUGUAUAUUUAAUAUUUAGAUGGAAUUUCAUAAUAAAAUUUACCUAAAAUUAAUUCAGAGAAGAUAGGUUAUUUUAUAGACUGUAAAUAAAAUAUUAAAUGAAUAGUUAUAUUGUUAAUGCAGCGUGAAGAAUGGUGCUUCUGUUUUAGGGCUAUUUCUAGCAUGUCAUAUUUGAGAAUAUUAAAGUUGAAGUUUUAUGUAUAUCAUUUACAUCACUAAAAUUAUGGUUAUACAAAACUCGCAGUGUGUUUCAACCAAAUUAUCUGCAGAAGUUACGUAGCUUACCAUGUGGUUAUGUUGACAUUUGUUAAUACCUUGCAUUUUUUAUAUGCACAAAUAUUUCUUAGUUAUUAAAUUUGCCUUAUGGAUCUCUUUGUUGCUUUUUAAAACUACAGUAAAAUGCUUUGAUAUAGACACUUUUUAGUUUUGCCCUUGUUAUGUUGAGUGCAGCAAAUGGUAAACUGUUCCUAUGGCUGGUCUCCUAUGCACUCCAAAUGUGCAUAAAUAAUGCAUAGUCACUUGACAAGCUAAAUGGAGUUCCUAGUCAUACCCAUUUUAGUCUAAAUGCAUCAGAAGUGAGUUUUAUUUACACUUAAUUUUAGUUGUGUGUGGAGUAAUACAAACAUUUUUAACAUGAAGCUGAGUAACUAUGAGACACAAACAGUAAAACCAGUUCUGAUUAUCUUGCCUUCUCAAACAAUUGAAUAUCAUAAUUUAAUUUUAUGUUUGUGGAUGCAAUAAUAGCAUAACAUAAACAUUUCAAAGUGUGCAUGUGCCAAUUCUUUGAUGCCACACACUGUUUCAGGCAUGAUCUGAUUCUUCUCAUAAUUUGCAAUUUAAGUGCAGGUGUAAUUCUAAAAAUAUGUUUAUAUGAACCUGUUAUAUUUUUAUAAAUGUAAUUUAUAUCAUUGUCACUAAAUGUCGACAUUUUCAGUAAUUUGUUACCUAUAUGAAAAUUUUAAUGUUGAUUGAAAACCUAGGUGCCCUCACAAUAGAAAGUUAAUACAGGUAUUGUGUAAAUGUAUAUAUAUGUUUAUCACUUCAAGUUCAAAUUGUAAGAAAACACUGUAAGACAACUAUAGCAGGAACAAAUGUUCUUGUUCAUUUGUGUCACAAUUGUUAUUUAUAAGUAAUGUUGUUAUCGCAUACAGUUUGAAUUAAACAGUCUCUGCAGUCACAUACAGUAGGUGCCCAGAUAUGUUAAACUUCUUUUGACCCUUCAGUGCAGUAUCAUUUUCACUGUAAAUAUUUACUGGAUGUGGGUGGAACCAAGCUUACAUCCAGUGUCAGGGAACCAAGUAAACUGUUUAUUGUUUAUUUUGUAAGAAUUACAGUGAAAAUGGUGCUUAAUUUUAUAGCCUGGACAUUCAAUAGUAUAAGUGUUAUGCAUGUAGUUAAAAAAAUUAAGGCACAAGUACCAUAAAGAAAGAAACUGCUGUUGGUAAAAUAUCUCUCUCCACCACAGCUCUGGGCUUGUAUAGUGCCCUUCCACACUGAAGGGUUAAAGUUUGUGUAGUAUGAUUUAGUAAUAAAAAUUGACUGCCUCAAAUAUGGACUGAAGUAUUCAGUAAAUUUUAAAAAAUGAGACAGUUACUGAGAAAGUAUAUUUUACUGCCAUUGUUUGUACUGAUAUAACUUUCUACAUUCAUGCAAUCUACAUAUUAGUUUACAGUAUUACUUGCUGUAAGAUGGACUGUAUGUCUUAAGCCAUAUAGUUUUCUAUCAUAUUUACCUAAAUCUAAAGUGAGGUUUUUUAGACUUCACUAUCUCAAAACAUGAAAUUUGAGGUUCAAGUAACAGUGAAAAUGUGGAUUGUUGUCUCUCUGGGUUGUGAUGCUGUGUAGUCUUGUAUGUGGUUACCAGUGUUUUCAGAGGAAUUUAUUGCCUCCAUAUCAUCAGGGUAGAAGUUGAAGAUGAUACAUUCCUCUUAAAUGCUGGUAAGCACUGAUAAGACUAAAUGGCAUCUCAUCCCAGAAGACCAUGAUCCACAUUCAUACUAUCUAGAAGGCUAGAGUCAAUACAUAUACUUUAUGUUUAUGACACAGUGAUUUAGGAUUGAUAGUGCAGUAAUUUUGUGGGAAAUGACCAUGGACAGUAAACAGGCUGACAUUAGCUGUGUGGAUCAGUUCUUAGGUUAGUUAAAUUAUUGUGUGAAGUUGUAGUGAAUUUAUUUUAUUAUGAUGCUGUAACAUUUUCUGUUCAGGAAAAUCAAGCCAGACUGUCAGCAGUGGCAGAACAGAGUUACAUAGCUGAAUGUUUGUUUUCAUUGUGGUGGUAAACAUGUAAACUUUUUAGAUCACCCUUGCUCCCUUACUGCCAAGCCUGUUACUUCUUCUCCUCCAAUUCACAGAUUAGGCCUAAGGCCUGUUCCGGCUUCUGUGAAUUCCACCUUCUUCGUGGUCUUCCAGGAUCUCUUGUUCCUUUGGGCCUGCUUUGGCACUCAUCCUUCUUCCAUCCUUACCACUUGUUCAAGCCAGUCUUGUCUGUGUCUUCUUAUUCUGUCAUUAAUUGAAAAUACUCCUAAUUCUUUUCUUAUAUAUUCAUUCCUGAUUUUAUCCAAUCACUUCACAGGUCAUAAAAAUCACAUUUCUGCUGUUUGUAAUUUUUGUGUCUCAUUUUCUCAUUAUUCAACAUUCACUUCCAUAUAGUAGUACAGGAACAGUCAUCACUUGAUAAAAUUUAUUUGUGUAUUUACUCCAAAUCUUUUAUUCCUUUCAACUUCUUUUUUGUAACUGUUUUUUAUAUAUAUAUAAUAUUUAUCUUCUUUUCCUUAAGUUCCUUAUCCAAUUCAGUCUGCUUGGUCCCUAGGCCUCUCACAUUCCAGGUCGCUAUUUUCAGUGUCUUCUUUAUUCCUAAUCAUUUGUCCUUUUUCUUAUCAAGUUUGUUACCAAGACCAUCCAGCUGAUUUCUUUGAAGCUUACAAGUAAAGUUUCCUGUGUGUGUGUUGGGGGUGGGGGGCUACCAACCCUCUGCACAACCCCUGAACCUGAAGGGCCUGGGUCUUCUGUCAGGGUUUACUCCCUUAGGUAGGUUGGCUUUACCAUUCCUAAAGAGCUCCCCCUGCCCUAUCGUGGGACACACUUCAUCUGGCUCCUCUGCCAGGGCCUGUCCAGUUAUGGUGACCCUGCCAGGAGCCUAUGCUCCCGCCGGCACAGUUCCCAUCUUCCUUUUAAGGCACAAUCCUCCCCCCACCCACCACAAAAAGGUGGUGUCUCAUUGGGUGGGGACCCUCUUAUUACUGCACAAAUUUACAGACUUCCAUAAUUAUUGAACAAUACAGGAGAGAUUAGUGGGAUUUGGGGUUUUUGUGCUGGUGAGUCCAAAGAUGACUGUCUUCUGAGUUGUAAUGCAUUGUAGUCUGGUAGAAGUUUACCAGUAUUGAACUGGUAAACUUUACCAGACUACACAGUGCUACAUCCCGUAAGACUGUGUUCUUUGAAUGAGACCUUUAUGCCCAAAAUAAGAAGCAGAAAGUGUUGAAAAUCAGAUAUUUUGUAUGGUUGUACUGUCUCUUAACAUAUGUAUCGUAUUGUGUCUGUUCCAUAGAAAACUGGCUUCUGAGCAUCAGUGAAUUUGGGUCAUAUUAUUUCAGCAGAAUCUGUCUUACUGUCUUAAUUAGUUUGAUGCAGAUGAAACCAAAACCAUGCAUCUGUGUCAAAAUAAAAUAUCACUGAAGUAAAUAUACAAGAUUAAAAUGUUUGUUGAUAAAUAUAAUAAUUGUUUUUCCUUUUUUAAAUACAAUUUAUCUUUUUAAAAUCUCUGCUGAGUUUAUUCUAGAAAAUAAAUGUCUUGAGUAGUUUGUAGUUUUCAUUUACUUCUUACAGAAAAUACAUUAGCAUUGAGGGUCAAGAGAUGACAUGAGACAUUUGACAUUAGAAAUGCCAAAGACUUUCUGAAGUAUUUAGACAAGAAAACUCAUUCGGACAUGGAAAUGAUUAAGGUCGUCCUGUUUUGGUGAAAUACCUUUCAUUUGAAGUCAUAUUAGGAGUUGGUUAAAUAUAGUAUUUUAUCAUAUUUAUAUUAAUGAGAAACAGUUUGACAUUAGAGAAAUUAGCUAUCACUAACAAUUGAAUUGCAGAGAUUUUGCAUUGUGCCAAAAGUAAUUCUAAUAUACCUAUUUUCUCCCUCUUCACUCCAGUUGCAUUUAUAGUAAGCUUUUUGUAUCAAAAGCUUGUUACAUGUGAGCAGGUGUGCCAGAGUAUUUUGAUGAUGAACAGAUAUCUGUUACUAGGUUGUUAUAGUAUUUGUUGGAGUAUCAAGAUCAUGUACUGUUGACUCACCUGUGUAUUUUAUUACAUACUGUGUUUCCAUUAUUUUAGCCUAAUUUUUGCUGCAUCAUUACCUUUGCAUUGCUUACUAUACAGUAGUGGGGUCCACUACUUACCUCAAGAAUGUUAAAUGUACCUUACUGUACCAAAUUGUACCAUAAUAUUUAAUCCUUUGUUGUGGA